AUUUGAGGAGUGGGUUUGUUUAACGGAAUAGUUGUGUUCCCCCGGAAACGGCUAUAUUCUGGAUUGAUAUUUAAACUCGCUCGCAAAACGAACGUCAGCUUCUUCGGAGAAUGACGGAUAUCUGACCUCAUGACAUGCGCAGAAGACCGGACGUACUUGUUUCGCUAAAAUGGUGGACCUCGUGUUGUGUAUAGAUGUCGGCUGCAGCCACACCGGAUAUGCGUUCUCCUCAGCGCGCGAGUUCGAGACCCGGUUAUUAGACAUUCACAUGAACGAGGAGUGGAUGUCUGGGCAUGCAAACCUUCACACUUACAAAGCGCCUAGCAUCGUUCUCCUACAGCCAGACAAGACCCUGGCGGCAUUCGGGUAUGACGCCGAGCGCCGCUACGUGGCGCUGCAGGAGAGCCGCCAGCACGACGCCUGGUUCAUCUUCCGACGCUUCAAGUCAGAACUAAAAAUAAAGCAAUUCCGCAAGGACAGCGUGAUUCUUGAAGACGGUGGAAAAUCCAUGAACGCCAUUGCGCUCUUCAGUCUCGUACUGAAGUACCUGAAGGAGCAUUUCCUCUCGUCACUUCAGGAGAGCGGUCGUUACGGUCCCAUGGAGACGGUAACUAGGGACUACAACAUAAAGUACGUGCUCACCGUGCCGACCAAGUGGGACAAUGCCUCGAGAGAAUGCAUGAAGUUGGCUGCAAAGAAGGCCGGUUUGAGCCCAACGCACCUGUUCUCGGAGAGCGAGGCGGCAGCGCGGUACUUGGGCCUGAUUCCCAUCCGGCCCUCGGAGACCAGCCCGUUCUACCUGCCGAAACCCAACUCCAAACAGGCCAUUGUCAAUCUAGGAGGAUGUGGAAUCGACACCACGAUACAGGAAAUCCUCUUUGACGGGACCAUUCGUGAGAUCUCAAAGAACAUAGGGGCCGGUACCGGUGCCACGCGCGUCGACAGCGACUUCCUGAAGUUCAUCGGCACCCUAUUUCCGGCUGACUUCAUCGAGGCGUAUUCCAAGAAACAUAAACUGGACUUCCUAGAGCUGCAGUAUGAGUUUGAAGUGAAGAAAAAGAAGUUUACCAUGGAGUCGGAGUUGGGUGCGAGUCUGGAACUGCCAGCGUCCAUUAUUAAAUUGUACACCACUCGGUACAAGCAGCCUAUGCAGUACAUGAUUGACGACUCGGAAUACGUGGGUAGGAUCAUUUCCAGAGACGAAUACCUGAUACUCGAUAAGACCGUAAUGAAGGACAUUUUCGGACCGGCUGUGAAAAGUACAGUCGGGUACUUGACCAAUCUGUCACGUGACCCCGAACUCAAACAGUGUGACGCAAUAAUACUCGUAGGGGGAUUCGCAGAUUCUCCGGUGGUCGCCGGUGCAGUCCGGUUUUAUUUCCCGAAUUCAAAUAUGAUAACCGUGGAGGGGGCGGACAUUUGUAAUCUCAUAGGUGGGGUAAUACUGGGGCAUUCCCAAAAUACUGUGAUAAGAAUGACUUCUCGGUAUUCGUAUGGGAUCGGAAUGGCUGUGCCUUUCAACCAUAAUGCUCAUCCUAGACAAAAACUGUUCAUGGCAAAGGACUUACAGUUUUGCUCAGACGUUUUCCGGCCGCAAAUUUUUGGCGGGAAAACGUACGAUAUUGGCGCGUUUUCGACUGUCACAGUAUUAAGACUCAAUCGGUCACAGCAGAAGCGCAUAAGAAUUCCAGUUCAUGUUGCAAGGCUUAACAACGUGAAGUUCACAACUGACAAUACUUGUUCAGUGCUCGGAAAGCUAACUGUUAAUAUAGGUGAUAGUAGUAAUGGCAAGGUCACGGUCAAUGUUCAAAUGGCGUUGCUUGGAGACGAUCUGAUUGUUAUGGCAACGCAAGAUGGGUCAACGGAAACCAGCUCUGCGUCUUUUCCGCUUCAGAAACCCCAGCAUGUCGGUUUUGAAGCUCUCGAACGCACGUGCAUCAUCAUGAGCCGUAUGAUCGUCUGUUGUUGUUGUCUUCUGCUCACUCUUUUUCUAGAAUGUCAAGUGACGGAGGCCUAUGCACCAGGCGAAUGCAACCUGAAGGCCUCUGAUCUGGGCCCUGACUGGUACAAGGUACCCCAGCCUGUGCCCGAGGAGUCGGAGGGGGCCGGGUAUGAGCCCUCGUACGUGCACAUGCCUUGCGCGCCGACCACCAUGUUUGAGAUCAGUGUGUGCGGAUGUACCAAUCUCGUCUCGCUAAUCUUCACCUCGAUGCCAACUGAUAUGAAAAUUAACUAG